UCCUCAACCUUCCCUUCCCUUGUAAUUUUUCUCUCUGUCCGGAAAGUUUACAGACUCAUCGGUACGUUUCGUUAGAGACUCCUUCGAUCCCGGGUCGUAGCUGAUUACAGAUUGAGUCUGUGAUCCCACACGAGGGUCUUGGUCCUUCCUAUCAUCAGUCGCUGAAUGGUUAAAGUUCCAGUUUCAGAAACCGAGAUUGCUAAAUGCUUAAGGUGAGCGAAUGGAUAAGCUCGGCAGACUCGAUGAAAGUGAUAAAGUCAUAACCAUAAUAAGAGGAGAUGGAGAAGGGGAAAAGCUGCUGACUGCUGUGGAACCGCCCUUCACUCAAGGCGCGGCACAGUGUUCGCCAGUGCCGUGGAAUAAAGAGAAAAAAGGGUCCUGGUUGUCCAGUUUAAGCAUGAAGAGUAUGAAGAGCAUGAAAAGCAUGAAGAGCAUGAAGUCUGCACUGUCUUAUCCUAUCAAGUUUAGGGAGUCAUUGAAGAAGAUCACCAGGAGCCAGAGCAUAAACAUGUAUGUUGAGGGAGUCCCCGAUAAUCCAAAGGAAGCGCAAAUUGUUGAGUCCUUUCGGGAACUACUCUUUCUCGAGGGCCAUAAUCCAGGGAAACAAUUUCACUACGACACCCUAUUGCGAUUCCUAAAGAUGAGGGACUUUGAUGUUUCGAAAGCAAAAGAAGUUUUUCUUAACUAUCUUAAGUGGAGGGAAGACUAUGGGGUUGAGGCGAUUUUGAAGGCGACACUUUCUAUCCUCUUUAAUUGUUCUUGUAUUUUUGUUUGAACGCCACAUUACAAGUUAUUUGUUCGUCUUUUGCAAGGGACUGAUCUGUUUGAGAUAUUGCAGGAGUU